AUUCCUUAAUAAAAAAUAAUAAAAAUCAUGCGGAUCACGUGAUCUACAGAAGGGCGGGGCUAAUGGUUCGCUCGAGGAGUUCAUGCUCUAAAAAUAUGGACCAAAAGAUCCCAUAUGAUGACUAUCAACUGCCUGUAGUGUUUCUUCCCUCCUAUGAGAGCCCACCCGCGUGGAUUCCUCCACAGGAGAGGAUACAUCACCCUGACUAUAAUAAUGAACUUACCCAGUUCCUUCCUCGCACCAUAGUCUUAAACAAACCCCCUGGUGCACAGCUGGGCUUUAAUAUUCGUGGUGGAAAAGCCUCUCAGCUCGGUAUAUUUAUUUCCAAGGUAGUGCCAGAUUCUGAUGCACAUAGAGCUGGACUUCAGGAAGGUGAUCAGGUGCUUUCGGUCAAUGAUGUGGAUUUUCAAGACAUUGAGCAUUCAAAGGCUGUGGAGAUACUGAAGACAGCAAGAGAGAUUUUGAUGAAAGUUCGCUACUUUCCUUACAAUUACCAGAGGCAGAAGGAGAGGACUGUACACUAGGUGGCAGAGCUGAAUUGCAUAAGGAACAAACGUCAUGACGCAGAUGAUGAGGCGUUGGCGUGUGAAUAGAGCAUUCACUGCUUCAUCUUCCUCCCACUAAUGAAUUCUUCUAAAAUACUUUCUUCAAAGAAAUAAUUUCCAAACACUACAAGGACAUGUCCCAUGAUUCAAACCUGUUUUCUGGUAUCAGGUUUUUUGAAUAAGCCAGCUGUGUAAAACCAUGCAUUAUUUUAACUUUUUAACUGUUUGUAUCCAGCACACAGCAUUUCCAUAUUUUCUUCUUUUUCAAUCUUAAUUACAUAGAGUACAUAGUAAGGUUGUUGUAUCACAUACAGUGUGCAUAUGAAAUGGAAGUAUGGGAUAUUUAUUGAUUGAAAUUAGUGUAUACAUUCAUUAGGACAAAGGGCACAUUGUGAAUUAUGGUCUGCUUUUAGUAUUAUUACUAUUUUAAGAGGCAUUGGUGGAACAAAGCUAAUAAUGUCUAUUAUUGUCUGUGUGUAAUAUUUAUUAACAUUUUCUUGCUUUGCGAUUACAUUUGAACAUUUGCAAAAUCUAAAGCAACAUAUUUGGUUUUAAUGUUUGGAUUAGUGAAAUGCUGUAAAAUAAUGUCCUGCUGAAACACAAUGCUACUGACUAAAGUAUAAAUUACUAAAGCAAUCCUG